AUGAUCUUCGCAAGGUCGCUCUCGCGCGCCGUUGCGCGUGCGCCUUCUUCCUCUAGCCUUGUCACCCCUUCGCACCGAGUCGCUGGCUUCCACUCCACCCCCAAGGCAUCGCGCAUCAUUGCUUCUCAGCCUCUCCGUGCUAAGGAGGCCGCCACCCCACUUGACGCCGCCAAGGGUUACCCUGUCAUUGACCAUGAGUACGAUGCUAUCGUUGUCGGUGCCGGUGGCUCUGGUCUCCGUGCCGCCUUCGGUCUUGCUGAGGCCGGUCUCAACACUGCUUGUAUCACCAAGCUCUUCCCUACCCGUUCGCACACCGUUGCCGCCCAGGGCGGUAUCAACGCCGCGCUUGGAAACAUGACCGAGGAUGACUGGCGGUGGCACAUGUACGACACUGUCAAGGGCUCCGACUGGCUCGGUGACCAGGACGCCAUUCACUACAUGUGUCGUGAGGCUCCGCGUACUGUUAUUGAGCUCGAGCACUUCGGUCUCCCCUUCUCCCGAACCAAGGACGGCAAGAUCUACCAGCGAGCUUUCGGUGGUCAGUCGCUCAACUACGGCAAGGGUGGUCAGGCGUACCGAUGUGCCGCUGCCGCUGACCGAACUGGUCACGCCAUGCUGCACACCCUGUAUGGUCAGUCGCUUCGACACAACACAAACUUCUUUAUCGAGUACUUUGCCCUCGACUUGAUCAUGGAGGACGGCGAGUGCGUCGGUGUUACUGCACUCAACAUGGAGGACGGCACCAUUCACCGCUUCCGUGCUCACAAGACCGUUCUUGCCACCGGUGGUUACGGACGUGCUUACUUCUCUGCCACUUCGGCUCACACGUGCACUGGUGACGGUAUGGCUAUGGUCUCGCGUGCUGGGCUUCCCCUGCAAGAUCUCGAGUUCGUUCAGUUCCACCCUACCGGUAUCUACGGUGCUGGUUGCUUGAUCACCGAGGGUUCGCGUGGUGAGGGUGGUUACCUGCUCAACUCGGAGGGUGAGCGAUUCAUGGAGCGAUAUGCUCCUACCGCCAAGGAUCUUGCCUCGCGUGACGUUGUCUCGCGUUCCAUGACUAUCGAGAUCCGUGAGGGCCGUGGUGUUGGCCCCGAGAAGGAUCACAUCUACCUGCAGCUCUCGCACUUGCCGCCCGAGGUUCUCCACGAGCGUCUCCCUGGUAUCUCGGAGACCGCCGCCAUCUUUGCCGGUGUUGAUGUCACCAAGGAGCCUAUUCCUGUGCUUCCUACGGUGCACUACAACAUGGGUGGUAUCCCCACCAAGUACACCGGUGAGGUGAUCACCAAGGGCCCCAACGGCGAGGACAAGAUCGUUCCUGGUCUCUAUGCCGCCGGUGAGACUGCAUGUGUGUCGGUGCAUGGCGCUAACCGUCUGGGUGCCAACUCGUUGCUUGACAUUGUCGUCUUUGGUCGUGCUUGUGCCAACCACAUCAAGGAGAACCUCGAUCCCGGUAAGCCGCACAAGGAGCUCAAGGGUGACGCGGGUGCCAAGUCAAUCAACGACCUCGACUGGGUGCGAAACGCCAACGGCACCAAGACCACCGCUGAUAUCCGCAACGACAUGCAGCGUGUCAUGCAGUCUGACGCCGCUGUGUUCCGUACGCAGAAGACGCUCGACGAGGGUGUCGAGAAGAUCGACAAGGUGUACUCGACCUUCCCCGAUGUCUCGAUUCAGGACCGCUCCAUGAUCUGGAACUCGGAUCUGGUUGAAACGCUCGAGCUCAAGAACCUGCUGACCUGCGCAACUCAGACCAUGCACUCGGCUGCUGCCCGAAAGGAGUCAAGGGGUGCUCAUGCUCGUGAGGACUACCCUGACCGAGAUGACGAGCAAUGGAUGCGUCACACUCUGUCCUGGCAGCACGAGGGCACCGGCGACAAGGUCAAGCUCGACUACCGAGGUGUCAUUAGCACGACCCUCGAUGAGGCCGAGUGCAAGCCCGUUCCCCCCUUCAAGCGCCAGUACUGA